ACUUUCGCACGCGAGAGCCCCACGAACGAGAAGGACAAGAGAAUGAUGAAAUUAACUGACGAGCUUGAAGAGCAGAGACAAUGCCUGACGAUUCUCGUGCUCUUUUGGAUUCAGUCGUCUUUUUUUGAUCUCUGAAUCAAAACGGUUCCUUUCAUACCUGAAUCUUCUUCAAUUCAAUCAGAUCUUUUAAAUAAUACCAACAAAAAUAUCCCCCACUUGCCCCAUCUCUAUCCGGUUUUGCUCCGACUCAUUUGUUGCAGAAGCUUCUUUUGCGCAUUUAUGCAUUUUAGAGGACGGGGAUGGCAGCGGCAGAAGCAAGAACUAUUUGGCAAAGAACAGCCAAUCGUUGUUUCAUCCAAGAAGAUGCCAAAAGAGCCCCGAAGUUAGCUUGUUGUCAAUCAUCUUCAUCAUCAUCAAAACAGGUUGAUCCAGGACCCACAAAUGCAGCUGAUGCUGUUGAUCUUCCAGCCCUGGGUUUCAUGCCUCUCAACAGAAACUCAUCAUUUACCAAUCUGCCCCUUGACACUAGAUGGUGGCUUCAGAUGCAGCCUAGCUAUGGGUACCAAAAGGGUCUAACAUAUGAACAGUUAAAGGCCAUGGAGUCAGAGAUGGAAAGAUUGCGAGAUGACAUUCUGAAUUCUUCCUCUGGAGUUGACAAGGCCAAGCCAUACAAUGAUCACAAUAGUGCACAAUUUGAUUGCAACAAGAACAGUGAGUCUUAUCAUAAUAUGCAUCAUGAGAUCUCUGCUGAUCCUGAAGUUAAAAAGGCAGAGGUGAAGACUUCAUACAGUAAGGAUACCCAAUACAUUUUUGGGACGAGGUACCCCAGCGGAAAUCAUGAAUCAAGGGAAAUGGAUCCUGUUGGAUUCACUGGACAGAAAAAAAUUGAUGAGUAUUGUAGUGAUCUGGAAUCUCCUUGGGUUGGGGUACAGCGGACCGAACCCUGGUGGCGUACAACAGAUAAAGACGAAUUGGCUACCUUAGUUGCUCAGAAGUCACUCAACUGUAUUGAAAAUUGUGAUCUUCCACCACCUCGGAAGAUUCAAAGGAGGAGAUACCAAUGUGCUGCUCCUGUAUCAGUUGACUGCAAUGGACCAUUCGCUUUAUCUUUAGAUUGUGAUUGUGAAAAUCGUGGUAUCUCCACUAGGAUAUUUCAUGCUCAGACCCGCCCUGGCACUGAAAAAGCACAUGGACGAGAAAGGAAUUCAGUUGAGGAAAGGCACUCUGACCCGCCAUUAAGCUACAAUAUCAAGGACAGUUAUGGUGUAAACUGUAAGAACACAAAGGGUAUGGAACAAACUUGUGAGAGUGAUCUUAGCAAGGCUCAGCUAUUAGAAGCACUACGUCAUUCUCAGACACGUGCAAGGGAAGCUGAGAAGGUAGCCAAGCAAGCUUGCGCUGAGAAAGAGCACACGGCUAGGCUCGUCUUCAGACAAGCUUCCCAACUUUUUGCUUACAAACAGUGGUUCCAAUUGCUACAGCUUGAAAACCUUUAUUACCAGAUCAAGAAUAAAGACCAACAGAUCUCCACUCUCUUCCCCGUGGCCUUUCCAUGGAUGACUUACAAAGGAAGGAAAUUACGAAAGUGCAGGCACAGGUCUUCCAAGGGCAAGCAGUACAAGGAAGGCGUAGGUAGAGUUGACAUAUCAAAGUAUGCUGUUGUUUUUGCACUGGGAUUGAGUCUUGUCGGUGCUGGAUUGCUCCUCGGAUGGACUGUUGGAGGGAUGCUACCUUUCUAGAUUGUACAAGGGUUCUGGUCGGCUUAUUGUGAUGAUUUACAAGGGACGCGGAUCAAUUUUUUCACCAUGUAUGUAACUCUUUUAGAUUUGUUGUUGUAGUUAUGCUUUUCAGCGUGUACAUCUUGUACAAAUGAAGUGAUGAGUUUGUAUAUAUUGGAUGAACAUUUUCUGGAACUUCAAGUCUCUCUCAAUCAUCUCUUGAUUUUGUCAAUUUACUUAUGUCAAUAAUUCCAUAUUUCCA